UUCAUUUCAUGUUCAGUCUAUAGGCAUGCACGACUACUUUACAACCAAAUGAGGCACAAACCAAAUGACUGAAUUUUGCCAAAUUUGAUGUCUUGGAAUUCGUUGAGCUCUCUCAAUAAUGACUUGGACAGCCAAAUUUGAUUAUACAUAAAAAAUUAAGUCAUAAACUGACAUUGAGUUUUUAAGUUGAAUCAUUUGAAAAUCUUUUAUUACUAAAACAGUUACACUCUUAGAAAAACUUUUCAGUUGAGUUCUAUAUAGAAGUUACAAGUUUGUUGCAAGUUAUGCAAAAAAGGUUCUAUGCUCUUAGAAGAAAAGGUUCUAAAAAUAAUCUUAAAGGCCUCCAUCAGGUGCAUAAUAUAUAGAACCUUUUAGGGGUUUCAUGGGAUCAUUUUAUGGAAUAAGUUUUAAUUAAUUAAUUUUGUUUUUAUACAUUUUUAAUUUUAAUUCAGUUUUAUGAAUUAACCAGAUUGUAAACACUUUAUCACAAGAAAAAAAAAAAAUAACCCAUGAAAAUUAAAGUAGCCUAUUACACAAUCAUUUAAGACAUUUCUCCUUAUAGAACCUUUUUGGCAUAAAGUGUUCUUUAAAAUCUAUAUAGAACCCCAAUGCAAAUGAUGAUAAAUAUCUUAAAUGAUCUCAUAAUACUUUAAAGUAUGUUUAUGAGCUAUUAAUUAAAAGUAAAUCCAUAAAAUUGUUUUAUGAAGUCCCUGACAGAAUAUAGGUUACAUAACAUUUUCUUUCGUCUAAGCGUAGAGUUUAAGACAAAUGAGUUUAAGAGGAACAGUUACUUCAGCUGUAAAGAUCACAAACCCAGCUUCCUCUGUGUAUGAGAUGACAGGACCCAUGUAGAGGCUGAGGUUUGUGGGAGGAUGCGUGUCACUAACCCAUCAUACAAACAUCACUCACAAAUCACUCCCAGAACUAUCAUGCUGCACUUUUUAAUACAUUCAUUAGAUUCUUCAUUCUUUUAACUUAAAGUAGUUAUUGUAGCCUCUUGAUCCAAGUUAUCGAUUGUCUGUUCUGAUCAUCAUUGUGCUCUACAAAGUCAAUAUCAUCAGGAAUUCAGAAAACAUCUACAAAGAGCAAAGAACUCAACCUGGACAAAUCUGAUCUGGUCUAACUGAAGUAGUUUGUGACGCUGUAGAACAACAUGACUGAUGAGACGACAACGUAUUCUUACUAUAACUACCCAGAAGAUGAAGCUGAAUUGUGUAACUACGAGAAGCUGUUGAAAUUUCUUACCAUUAUUCCAGUCUUUUUCACAAUAGUGGUUGUGUUAAGCUGCAUCAGUAACAUCCUCGUUCUGGUCAUCCUGGCGCUCUACGAGAACCUCAAAUCCCUGACCAACAUCUUCAUCCUCAAUUUCGCUCUGUCAGAUCUGCUGUUCACGUUUGGACUUCCAUUCUGGGCCUCGUACAACAUCUGGGGUUGGACGUUUGGAGAGAUUGGCUGUAAAGCGGUGAAGUUUCUGUUCUAUGUUGGCUUUUACAGCAGUGUGUUGUUUUUGACUCUCAUGACCGUUCAGCGUUACAUGGCAGUGGUUCAUCCUCUGUCUGACUGGGAGAAAUGCAGAGGAUUUUCAGGCACUCCUUUCAUUGUUUGGAUCUUGAGUGGAAUGGCUUCACUGUCUGGUUCACUUCAUAGCAAAGCUAUACAUUAUUUUAAUAAUACAUACUGUGGACAUAACAGUGUUGAAGUGAAAUCUGGCAUAGUUUAUUUGAAAGAAAAUGUUUUCUUCUUCAUUGCAUUUCUAAUCAUGGGUUUUUGCUGUGCCAGAAUGCUUUGGACGAUAACAAAAUCUCAGACCAAUGAAAAACAAAAGACUGUUAAACUAAUAUUUGUUAUUGUGCUGGUGGUUUUUGUUGGUUGGGCUCCAUAUAACAUUGUUAUGCUCUUAAAAACUUUUACCAUUCAGAAUAUCAAGCCAUUCUCGUCGUGUGAAGUAAGCAUUAGACUCGACUAUGCAUAUUAUACUUGUCAAAUGUUAGCUUUCUCUCACUGUUGCUUGCAUCCUGUGUUUUACAUUUUUUUUGAUGUAAAGUUCAGGAAUCAUCUAAAAAUGAUUCUGCAGAAGAUCUUUUAAAUAAAAAAAAUAUUAAAAACUCUUUUACCGAAUGCAAGAAAAAAACAAUCAUGAAUUCUAAGAUACAGUGUGAAUGAUGUAGAGAUUCUGUUUAGCUAUGUAGCAUUGUUUUAUUAUUAUUAAUGUGCUGGAUUUGAUUAUUUGAAAAAUCAUUAAGCACACCUACUGCUGAUAUAAUUAAUCGUAUAAUAUGCAUGAUUAAAAUUUUGAAAAAGUGAAAAAAAUGCUGCCACUGUGCAGGAAAAUUCCUCUCUCUAAUUCACACAUUUCAAGUUAAUUCAUAUUUGCUUGUAUAGCGCUUUUCACAACAUUGUUUCAAAGCAGUUUUACAGAAAAUGCAAGUUUCUUCAUUCCAAUUUCGAGUGAUCUGUUAUCAGAGGUGACUGUGUCCAACAAAUGUACAUUUCUAAGAUAUUACAAAUCAUGCAGUUAGCUAACAUCAUGUAUUCAUUUAGGCAGAAACAAUGAGCUCAUUAAAGCAAUUAUUACAAUUAUCAUAAUUAUCAGAAUAUAUGACUUGCUGAUUUUAAGGCUUUUUUUUGCCUCUUUUUUGUUUUGUUCAUUGAAUUUGAAUUGUACAGCACUUUGGUUCAAUGUUAGUUUUUUUUUUUAAAAAUGUUCUUUAUAAAUUUUUACAAAAGUAAGCAACAAAUGUUCAAGUGUUGUCAUUGAUAUUUUCAUAUGAAAUUAAAAUAUAUUAAUACCUUCUUUUAUGUCUGUUUAUUUACUGUAUGCAUUUACAUUACAACUUUCAUGUUUAUAUC